ACUGCUCACAGUCUGACAAGACCCCCCCUGCUGCAGUCAAAGUUGGUACAGUCCGAAAAGUACUGACCCCCCCGACUAACGGAAAUAACUUCAACUUUCUCUGCUGCCAACGGGCAUUUUACUCACUGACAGGGAUGGAGUUUAGCAGCGGGUACCAGGACCCCUUGCUGGAAUUCUCCGAGGGGCUGCUGAGGUGGAGCUUGAGAUAUCUGAUGGACAGGGGCCCCCGGGAGAGACUGGGCCUUUCCGCUCAGGAGUCGCAACUGGCGAGUCUGCCCUACGACAACGCGGUCUGGCUUCUGCACAUCAUACCCAAUAGGGACCGUCCUUUGCGCCCCGUGGAUCCCAAGCAACCAAUCGCAAACGCCUUCUAUGAUGACGUCACUUGGCGCUUCCAUGACCUCAAUAACCUCACCGACCUCUGUGUGUGGGACCAGGGGCAAAUGGGAGACAGGGAGGCAGACGGUCUCUGUAGGGUCCAUUACUUGCUCAUGGUGGCCGACGAGACUGGCAAUCUGCUGGGCAUGGACUUUGUGAUGGCCGCUGGGCAAGAGAAGCAGACGGACCAGCAGAUGUUGCCAUUGAGGCUCUGCGAGCUCCUCUGUCAGUGCAUGGAGAAGCCAAUGGCAGGAGGGAGGCCGCGGAGGCCCAAGAUGGUGGCCGUUGCCGACGCCAACCUGCACGCGUCUCUCUCCAGAUUACUCACAAGCCUGGGGAUCCACCUACAGGAGGCGCUCUUCCAAGACUGGACCCUCCAUACAGAUUUUAUAUUUUCCUCAAAAAUGGCCCAAAAGUGCCACGUAUGUAAAAAGCGGAGUUUUGAGACGCCAGUGAAAAUCUGUGGGAGGUGCCAGGCCGCAUUGUACUGCUCAGACAGGUGCCGGAGCUCAGACAGUGGGCACCAGAGUAGUUGCGCCCUGAUGCAGGAAUGCAUGGAGCGUGAGGAGGAACUGGCCAAUCACCCAUUCCAGUUCAGCAAGGAAGUGACCAGCCCUUGGUUUGACAAGGAGCGCUUCCUCUCGGCCCGCCAGCUUACUGGGGGCUACUGGUCAUCGGAGAGCAUCCACCAUCACGCCCGAGGCCUCCUCCUGAAGAGGGAUGGACAAGAACCUGAAGAAGAGAGACCAGAAGCCCUGAUGGAGGACACGGACAUUAUGCUGAGAGACUACCCUACGGAAGGUCCCAAGAACAUCUUAGGGACAUGGAAGGAGUAUUAUGAGUGGAGGAAUCUCAGUCUGGAUAAUCCAAUCGCUGCCCUUCUCUCCUACCCCCUCACUAUAUACCACGUCAUCUCCAGCCUCCUCCCUCAGCACUUCCCCGCGCUGAAUUUCCAGAAGAAGCAGACGCUUAGGAUUCACAUCAUUGCAGGGAGACGGGAGUUUGAGCGCAUCCUGCUAUUCUGGGAGCUGGCAGUGCUGAUGCCACACCCCACUAUAGAGCUGGUGUUUGUGGGGGAGGAGCUGCCCCCAGAGGAGGAUGGGAGGAGCUUCAUACUGCACAGGAAGGGUCCCCAAGUGCAGCGUUCGGAUCUGUCUGGUCCUGCAAAGGGCAAAGAUGGCCGCCAGAUUCACGUGAAGGUUCACGCCCACCAGUACCACUCCCUCCAGGCCGCCAAGCCCGACCUUAUCCUAGGGUUCAACCCCGGCUUCUGGCUGCACGACUCCUGGCUCAGCACCCUCCCCCGCAUACAGGCGCAGAAGGUGCCGGCGUAUUUCUCCGAGUGCUCCCAGUACAGCUGCGGGGUGGAUGCUCAGACUGUUCUCAUGGCAACCGGCGGGGAUAUAACCCCGCCCACGCUCAACCCAUUCCGCUCUCCCCUGAGGAUCCCAGGCUCCGACAACUGCAUGCCUUGGUACAAUAACGCCUUCCUGUUCCACCUAAUCCAUAAGGAGACCAAACAGGGGCGGCACCCGGAGGCCCCCCGACUCGUCCUCGCUGACCCCCAAACUUGUAGGAAGAAGAAGAAGCAGCGACAGAAACAGUGCAAGAAGCGCAAAUGAGAUGCUGAUCAGUAAAUAAAGUAUCAGAUAUUGUGGUGUAGGAA